CGAAUCACAACCCGAUCACCCCCAGAUCACCUUUUUGGAUUGCGACAACACCCGACAACGACUUUGGUCUCAGUAGCUGUUCCUCCGUGACAGCACAAAAACUCUAUCUAAGAUGCAUCCUCUUUUGCAUACCAAGGACAAUGCCGCCUGCCACGACGUCAUGGUCGCCUUCGAAGAAUGCCACGCCCGCGGCUUCCUCUGGAAGUCCAUGGGCAUGUGCAACGAGCUCAAGGAGGAGCUAGCGGCCUGCCUGCGCGCCGAGCGCUUCAAGACCCAGAAGAUCAACCAGAGCAGCGUGGCGGACAAGAAGGCCAUUAUCCGGCAAAAGUGGAAGGAGAUUGAUGAGAACUCCUAAACAUACUACGCACGAUAUUCUGGAUCGAGAAGAAGAAGAACAACAAGAAGAACAAAACCGAAGCCGAGCGGUGGACCGAGCGAGCCGAGCGAGCGAUGCAUACGCCCGACUGUGACUCGAUACCACCACCAAUCAUUACUCUGCCUCUCACGACACGACCGAUGCGCCGCCAUACCUUACCUACCUACCUACGACGUUCGACGCCCUUUGGCUUAAGGCUAGAAGCAAUGGAUACUGUCUGUGGGAAACAGCAUGUACAAAGAGGAGGUGGUGGAUGAGGCAGAGGAAGAACUGAAAGAGGAAGGGAAAAGAAGAUCCAGAAUUCAAAAAAAAAAAAACCAAAAGUCAUACCGACCCGGAGGCUCCGAGACAUACACACAUACACAGACCAUCAAGGUUCACACAAUUGAUACCCCUCACCCACCCACCCCAUUCAUUCCAUAUCCCAUCACAACCAUACGAGAGAGAGAGAGAGAGAGAGAGAGA